UCCACCUUCCUUCUCCCUACAGAUAAAGCAGAUGUUUCAGCCAGCUCUGAGAAUCAGCACCAUGGCCUUAUUCCUGGAGUUGCUGUUCCUGGCUCUUGUGUUGCUUCCAUUCUUUCCUGCAAAUGGACAGGAUCCAUCCUUUGCUGCUUUGUCAACUACUCGAACACAAGUCCAAAAAGAGAUUGUAGAUAAACACAAUGAACUAAGGAGAUCAGUCUCUCCACCUGCCAGCAACAUGCUAAAGAUGGAAUGGAGCAGAGAAGCAGCAGCAAAUGCCCAAAAAUGGGCAAACAAGUGCACUUUAGAACACAGCAAUGCAAAGGACCGAAAAACCAGUACAAACUGUGGUGAGAAUCUCUAUAUGUCAUCUCACCCUAAGUCAUGGUCAGCCCCAAUCCAAAACUGGUAUGAUGAGAAGGACAAUUUUAUCUAUGGUAAGGGAGCAAAGACUGCUGGUGCAGUUGUUGGACAUUAUACCCAGGUUGUCUGGUACUCCUCUUACCACGUUGGAUGUGGAGUUGCCUAUUGUCCCAAUCAAGAUAUUCUGAAAUAUUACUAUGUUUGCCAAUAUUGUCCUGCUGGUAAUCAUCUUAACAAGAUAAAUACACCCUACCUAGAAGGAAAGCCUUGUGCCAGCUGCCCUCAUGACUGUGACAAUGGACUAUGCACCAAUGUUUGCAAGUAUGAAGAUAAAUAUCAAAACUGUAAUGAUUUGAAGAAAACACUAUCCUGUGCCCAUAGUCUUCCCAAGGACAGUUGCAAGGCUUCCUGCUAUUGUAAAGAUAAAAUUUAUUAAAUACCCAAUACAGACUGAGGGGGGCUAAGUAGAGAAGGGCCACACUAUCUACUUAGAUGUGACAUUAGUAAAGAUAUUGUCAGCAUGUUGGCUACAAACUUGAUUCCAAGUAAUAAGGAGUCUUUUUCUCUUGGAUCUACUUUUUAUUUUACAGAAAUUUCUUUCAUCAAAGGAUUAAAAAGUUACAUAAUCUAUGAUUAUAUUAUCUGUUGCUCAUGUAAAAAUUAUGAGCGAUAAGGAAAUUCUGAGAAACCAUUACAGACAAGAGGAGACUAAGAAAACAUGAGAACUAAAUGGAACGUGGUCUCUCAGAUCAGAUUCUGGAACACAAAAAGGUCUUUAAUGGAAAAAGUGGUGAAAUCUGAAUAGGGUCUGAAUUGUUUUUGAUAGUAAUGUCUCUUUCUUAUUCUUGACAAAUGUCCUAGGGUUAUACAAGAUGAUAACAUGAGGGGAAACUGAAACUGGGUGAAAAGUAUAUAGGAAUUCUCUGCACUAUCUUAGCAAAAUGUCUAUAAAUCUAAAAAUACUCCAAAAUAAAAAGUGCAUUAAAAAAAAAAA